UUUUAAUUUUUUUUUCUUUUAUUGGUAUGAUCCUUUUUAAUUAUUUACAUUUAAAUGCGUUUAGAAAUUCAUGACGUUUUCAAAACUUAUUUUAAAGUUAAGCUAUGAGGUUUCUAAAAACGAAAACUGUAAUUUGCAGAUUUAUUUUAAUAAAAAAUGUAUUAUUUUUAUCUUUGUUUCAAAAAUAUUAUUAAAUUAGAAAAUUAUUUUUUUUUAAACAAAGUUCCUAAUCAAGAAAGCAAUAUCUUUGGAUGAAGUUUAAAACAUUUCAAAAAUUUCCCACAAUUUUCUACUAAGUUAAAUAUGAAAUAACGUUUGUUUGCUUCUGUGUAAAAUUAUUUAAACUGCACGUUUUGUCUUUUACAUAAUAUUGAAAUAUAGGUAACAUUUAAUGUGAAUUAUUAAAAGCCAUUCCUCAACUCUGUCACCCUCUUCAUGUUUCUCACUUCAAAUACUUCCGACUUUGCUGCAAACAAAAUUUCUCUACAUUUUGAAUUGUAUUGUUUUGUGCAAUGUGUCUUGAAAUAUUUCAGCAGAUUAUUAUAAUUCAUAGCUCUACUAACCAAAGGGAAUACGAUACUCCACUGGAGGAUGACAUGAAGAGUAACAAUUAAGAGACAAUUAGAGCGAUUUUCGACACUGAUAGUGGCACAUUUCCAGCCACGCGGAAGCGCUGAAUAAUUCGCAUUUUCCAGACACAAAAACAAUCCAUGAUGAGUGCAUAAAAGUGCAUCAGUGACUUACACUGGAUUCUGUGUGUCAAAGAAUGCAGUCUAUUGUGGGUCUUCUGCUUUCUCUGGGCAUCUUUGUGGUGUCAGCGGCGCCAACAUGGGACAACGAUCAGGCCAUGGCUAUCGCCGCUGGCAUGUUCGCCGAGGGCGCAGAUCGGGCCCAGGAUGGGGUUAGCGUGAAGGAAAAAUUUUCGAAAAAAUACGACGUUUUUGGUGUUCCGGUCGGAGGUGAAUUUGGUUACAAAAUGGGUGCUGGAGACUCUCUGAACCGUGAUAAGAGACAAGCUGAAGAUGAUGAGGUAGAAAUAGAGGUUGAGGUAGAAGAUGACAGCCCGACAUUUGAAGUGGAAUAUGAGAUACCGGAGGAUGGAUCCGGAAAUGAUAAGAAGUGGUAUAAGCGAUUAAAGGAGGUUUGCAAACGGUUCAUUCGCCAAGUUGCUGAGUACUUCAAGGGUUCCGGUGAAAAGUCAAAUGAUUCCAACCCCUUCACUAAAUACAAUGUUAUCCGAUUCCAGUUGAGUACGACGAAUCAAUGAACGAGUAGAAGUCCCCAUCGAAAUGGAAUAGACAGCAGCUCGACGGAUAUUUAUUUGAAAAAUUGAAAGAAAACCUUGACUAACUUCUGGCGCUACGAUCUUCAGGGAAAUUAUUCGGAAUACUAAGUGAGAAUGUUCUUGAUGGAAAAAAAAACAGAUGAACUAAUACAUCUCAAAAAAGAUCUAUUUACACAAAAAUCAGACUUUUUUCUUUUUGUUAAAUCACUCCUCUCUCUUUGUCUUGAUUUCACUAUUAAAUAGAUUCAAUUCAUAAAUAAAUUAAUGCAAGAGAAUUUGCAUAUUUUAUUUACUGUCUUAACCAUUACAAAAAAAAAUAAUUACAAAAUUUAAAUGCUAAUCGGUGUUUUAUGCUUCUUUCACUUACAUUUACUCCAAAAAAAAUUUCUUUUGUCUAUUUCUGUUUUGGAGUGGACUUAAAGAAAAAAAACCAAAUCAGAGACGAUUAAUUGUCGAAACCACAAUUCCAUUAACUAUUUUACAAAUGUUAUAUAGUUCUAUUUUCAUUUUCUGGUUUUGUUCGAAAAGUUCAUUACCUAAUAGCCAAACUGAUUAAUGUGUUUUAUAGCAAAUGAUGGUUCCAGUUCCUGCAUUUUACGAAAAUAUAUUUAAUUUCUUUCCACUUGAA